AUGACGGGUAAUGAGGCGGACACCUUCGAUGCGACACGGGGUUUCGAAAGCUUCGAGGCAGAUGGCGUCCCUGAGGAUUGCCAGCACGGGAAUCUCCCGGGCUUGCAGGCCCAAGCAGUGGUGCUUCGGCGACAGGCGUCCAUUUGGACCGUGGGCGCUUGGGGCGCCUGCGAGGGCGUGCCAGACAACUGCGGCGACGGGGGCGUGCAGCGCCGCGAGGUCUCGUGCCCGCAGAGGGGGUGCCACAGCAGCUGGAAGCCCAAGGAGGAGCAGCCCUGUCGCGCCACCAGGGGCUGCAUUUGGGUCGCGAGUGAUUGGUCGAGCUGCUCGAACCUAUGUGGUGCCGGUGACAGGCAUCGCAGCGUGCAGUGCUCCUCCGUGCGCUCGGAGGAUUGCGCCGGCGCCGCGCCUUUGGCCAAUGAGUCCUGCAGCGACUUUUCCAACUGCAGCUGGCAGGUUCAGGCCUGGGGCUCCUGCAGCAGCACCUGCGGCUCCGGCACCCAGACUCGCGAGGUGGCAUGCGAGGCUGCGGAUGCCUCCCUUUGUCCCUCGCCCUCACCUUCGCUGCUGCAGUACUGCUACGAGACGGCGAGCUGCAGCUGGCAGACUUCGGAGUGGUCAUCUUGCUCUAACCUCUGUGGCAGCGGCGUGUCCCUGCGACAGGUGUGGUGCUCCAGUGGUCGAGACAGCGAUUGCAACAGCACCAGGCCAGAGGCGAGUGCGUUCUGCUACAGCUCCGUGGGCUGUGCUUGGCAGAAGGGGCCGGGUGGUCUCAGCAGGAAGCGACGGAACGGGGUCACUCGAUGUGCUCGGUGCUUCGACUUCAAUCCUUUUGCUCAAGUCGAAACGAAAUGA